AUGAUCACAAAAAGCAAACAAGCAAGUCAGCACGCCGCGGACUUACGAGAAACGUUCCUUACCCUUCAGAAACACCAAAUGAAACUCAAUCCCGACAAGUGUGUGUUUGGAGUUACCGGAGGAAAGUGCCUCGGCUUUCUGGUAGACGAGCGGGGCAUUGAAGCAAAUCCCGAUAAGAUCCGGGCCAUACAGAACAUGAGAUCCCCCACCUUAGUAAAAGAAGUACAAAAGCUCACGGGGUGCAUAGCCGCUCUCGGAAGAUUCCUUUCCAAGUUUGCGGAUAAAUCAGAAGCAGAAGAGUCCUUCCGCCAACUCAAAGAGCACCUGUCCACAUUACCAAAACUAGUUUCGCCCAUCAAAGGGGAGAAACUUGUCCUAUAUGUCUCUGUCUCCGAAUAUUCGUUAUCCGGAGUAUUGGUUGCGGAAAGGGAAAAGAAACAGCUUCCCAUAUACUAUGUGAGUCAUGCAUUCCGCGGCUCGGAGGGAAACUACGGUGAAGUCGAAAAAGUCAUAUUCGCAAUCGUCAUGCUAGCGGAUUUCGGCAUCGAAUACGAGCCUCGAACAACAAUCAACGCCCAAGCUCUGGCUGACUUCAUUGCUGAAAGCACUUUCCCCUAUCAUCCUGAACCCAAUCAGGAAUGGAAGUUGUAUGUAGAUGGGUCCUCAAUGCAAUCAGCAAGUGGAGCUGGACUCCUCAUCGUGUCUUCCGCAGGGGUCCGUAUGGAAAGGGCGGUCAGGUUCGAGUUCGCAGCAUCCAACAACGAGGCCGAAUAUGAAGCAUUAUUGAUGGGACUUAGAAUUUGCUACGAAGCGGGAGCCAAAAAAUUGUCCGCCUUCUCUGACUCCCAAUUGAUUGUGGGACAAGUCAACAGGGAAUUCGAAGCUAAAGAUGAUAGCAUGAAAAUGUACUUGCAGCAGGUGAAGGAAUUUGUUCAAAAAUUCGACAAGUUCACAUUGGAGCACAUUCCAAGAUCCCAGAAUGCACAGGCUGAUUCCCUAGCAAAGCUUGCCAGCUCAGCAGAAACAUCCGCGGCUCGAGACAUUAUCUGGGAAGUGCUUCCUAAUCCCAGCAUCAACUUCAUGGUCGAUACCAUCGACAGAUCAGAAACAUGGAUGGAGCCGUACAUCGAAUAUUUGCGAAAUCACACGCUUCCCCAAGAUGAAAGCCAAGCCAAAAUGCUCCAGAAAAAAGCAAGAUGGUUCGAACUCCACGAAGGAACGCUCUACAAAAAGUCGUAUACACAGCCCCUCCUGAAAUGUGUAUCCCCUGAAGAAGGAAACUAUAUCCUCCGCGAAAUACAUGAAGGAGGAUGCGGUAUACAUCAGGGAGUGCGAACUGUCAUCGGGAAAGUCCUGAGAAGUGGAUAUUACUGGCCCUCACUCCGAGAAGACGCGGAGUAUUUGAUCAAAAGAUGUCCUGAAUAUAAUGGAAGGCAGUUUGUCAGCAAGAACACCAUCGAGUACUGCGACAAGUUUAACAUCCAAAUCAGAUUCAGUUCGGUGUCCAGGCCGCAAACUAAUGGUCAAGUAGAGUCCGCAAACAAAGAGAUCCUGAAUGGCAUUAAGAAGAAGAUAGAGGGGGUCAAAGGCAAUUGGGAUGAAGAACUACCAGGCAUCUUAUGGGCAAGUCGAACAACCAUCAAAGACGCAACAGGGCAUACACCUUUCUCUUUAGUAUACAGAUCCGAAGCCGUGCUCCCAGUUGAAAUAGGCGUACCCUCUACAAGGCCGGGACAUCGACAAGUCGGACCCCCAAACUGGGGUUUAAGGGCGGAAUAUUCUAAGUACAAAUUUCAUUGA